AACUCCAGGCAUUGACACCUCCUAUCCUAGCCUAGUGAGGGACUAUGAUCAGAGAAUGGGAGAAUGGCUGUCAGAAGGUGGGAAGACAGAGGACCCAAGAAAGGAAGGCUGCAGACAGAAUGUGGAAUAAGAACGGAACACCAGUCAGAAUACGUACCAUGAGCGAUUCCUUUCGGGAUAAAGACUCCCUAUGCUGCCAACGGGGUCUGUGUUCUGCUUCACCGUUGGAGAUAUGGACCAAAUUCUACAAAUCAGAUCCACGCAUUGCCCUUGGGAAAUACUCCCCCUUGGAAAAAGAGAUCCUACGUCUGGGUGGUGUUCACACCGUGGCGGCAAAACGGCUUCUGACUCACAAGCAAGAGGAAGAGUGGAAGAUGCUCAAGGAGCUCCAAUCACUGUCUUCAGACUACAAGCGGGCGAUGGACUAUAGAACACAGCAUUCCCCUCCCUGUGCCACCUGUAGGCCCCUCGAAAAAACAUGGACCGCAAAGGUGAUCGUGCCCCCAGAGGAGUUAAGAAUGCCACAGCGCGAGAAGCUCACCAUCAUCAAGCACAUAGAACGGAUGCAGCUUGCUCGAGCCCUGAGAAACAGGCAACUCUUGCCCUACAUCGAGAGGUUUCAGGGCUCUUCCUUUCUGUCCGGAGGCGGCCUGUGCCCAAAGGCGAAAGACAAGACGAGGGAAGACGAGGGCGCUGAUUUCUACGGUGACACCAAGCAAGAGGAGAGAAGCAACGCAGAGAACGCAGCCACAAAGAGACAAGAAAUAAACAUGAAUGUAAUUUUCAAGUCAGAGGAACCAAAAAAGUGUUUCAUCCACCAGCCAAACGACCGGAAACCAUUCUUGCCCACCAAGAAAGUGGAACGCUCCAUCACGGGCUUAACCAACCGGAAUCUCCUCCCCGUAGCUGAGUUCCCUGGCGACCUAAUGCUGAUGAAUCAGGAUUUCAUAUCCCGGGGAGCCCAUCCCACUGAGGGGACGAAGGUCAGCCUCCCGGGGGAAGAGAGCGUCUGGAAGGAGUACACGCACAGAGCCGCUCAUCAGGAUUAAAGUCUUACUUAUUCCCAUGGUAACCAAGUGUCCCGGUCCUAAUUACUCCCAUGGCUCUGCCCCGGUCCCUGGAUCUCCAGGUCUCCUCCAGAGUCUCCAAAGACCCUCAAAGCUCUCAGAAAAAACAACCCGAUAAAUACCAAGAACAACCGGAGGAACAUCGGGUAAAUACAACGCUUGGAAAACACUGAUCCUAAGGGUUUACAUGAAAUGAUUCUUACUCACUUAUGUAACCUUAAGCUUUAUUAACUGGACUUUCAAAAAUCGAAUCAUGGAAACCCCAACCCACACUAGAAUGAUGGCCUGUGCUUUGCUAUUUCCAGCUGCUACUUUGUAUUCACUUUGCAAAAAAGAACCUCACCCUCAGUUUGAGCAAGUAUCACUCAUCUUUGGUACAACCUCAGAAUUCUUCAUGUGAAACAGAU